AUAUUUUCUCCACCAUCACAAUUACCCUUUUAGAAAUUGCUAAUUUCUACCAUCAACAGUCUAGAAAGUUUUGUUAUUUUUCUUCUUAAGGCUUUGAGAGAGAUGGGUUCCAAGAGCAAUAAUGCAUCACUUGCCUUGUUUUUUUCGCUCAACCUUCUCUUCUUUGCCUUUGCAAGUGCACAGUGUGCUCCACCUCCACCUUCACCUUCACCUUCACCUCCACCUCCACCUCCACCUCGAACUCAGAGCCCUCCACCUCCAACUCCGAGCCCUUCCACUGGCACCUGCCCCAUGGAUGCCCUAAAACUAGGUGUCUGUGCCAAUUUGCUCGGUGGAUUGGUUAAUGUUAUAAUAGGUGCACCUCCGGUAACACCAUGCUGCCGUCUCAUUCAAGGCCUUGCUGACCUUGAGGCUGCUGUUUGCCUUUGCACUGCGAUUAAGGCAAACGUUUUGGGCAUCAUCCUCAACAUCCCUGUUGCAUUGAGCUUGAUUCUUAAUAAUUGUGGCAAAACUACUCCUACUGGCUUCCAAUGCCCCUAGAAAACUUCUGUUUCCUAGCCCUCUCUAUGGCUUUUUGCUCAUUUCAUGAGUCAUAGAAUAAGAGUGUGUGGUGCAAGUGCAUUUCACGGUAACUUCUAUCUUAUUAAAGUAAUAUUUAAUAAAACAUAUUACGAAGGUGUGGAAGAGAGGGGUAACAUUGCAAAUGUGAUAACUUCUGUCUUGUUUCCUUUGUCAUAGUGUGUGUAAUUUCAUGGAGUGAUAUGUAAUAAGUCCUCUUAUGUAAUACCUCAAAGUCUUAUGUGUAACUUUAUUAAAUAUUGAAAAAUAAUUGCUUUCUGUUUAUUU